AGUGGUAGAGCUGGUUCCUGCUCGCCGCCGUGCCGCGCGCGCCGGCCGGCCGCUGGGCGCUCCGCGCUCCCAGCCCCGAGUUGUGCAAUCCUUUGUAGCACGCCAGAGAGUCCUCCUCCUUCGCUGUUGCCUCUCGCCCUCUCUCUCUUUUUUUUCAAGCUGUGAGCUCAACCGAUGAGUCAGAGCAGUGCAAUCCUGACACUGCAUCGCAGGACUGGGGGUGACACGGAGGGAGGGAGAGCGAUCGCGAGGCGGACACUACGGGCGCGGGCUGCGUCGAGGCUCCUGAGCCACGAGCGAGGGGUGACAGCCCGCGCGUGCCGCCCGGACCCUGCCAGCAAACUUCCCAGCCUUUGGAGGCGCGGGCUGGCGGAAGCCCUGCGAGCGCCGCGGGGAGGCGGCGGCGCCUGUUUGUUUUCAAAAUCGGGAGUGCGUGCAGGCGGCAGUAGCCUGGGAGGCGACCCGAAGGCGGCGGCCUGCGGCGGAAAGGGGACAGCCGAUGCUGGAGCUCGAGCAGGAGCAGGGCUGCAGGGCCCCGUGGAGCAUCAUGAACUGGGAAGAGUAGAGGAGCCCAAGAGCCUCUCUUUGAAGAGCAAGGAAGAGCCAGCUGUUCUUUCUCCCUGUGUCUGACCACACCAUCCAGCAUUUCUGCUGCCCCCACUGGCUGCUGGACUAGGGCCAGACUUCCAGCACGACUGUCCCCCAGGGGAUGGGCAACUGGUGAAGUAGGUCUCACUGUCGGGGCCCCGUUGGCCACACCAUGAACCUCCAGGCCCAGCCCAAGGCUCAGAACAAGCGGAAGCGUUGCCUCUUUGGGGACCAGGAACCAGCUCCCAAGGAGCAGCCCCAACCCCUGCAAGCCCCACAGCAGCCCCAGGCCCCUCCACAGUCCACCAGAGUGAAGGAGGAGCCUUACUUUGGGCACGAGGGUCCGGCAGGGGCUGCCCCUGCCUCCCAGCCAGUGGAACUCCCCCCUCCCAACAGCCUGGCCCUGCUGAACUCUGUGGUGUAUGGGUCUGAGCGAACCAUGUUGUCCCAGCAGGUGGGCUCAGUCAAGUGGCCCAACUCUGUGAUGGCUCCAGGGCGGGGCCCGGAGCGUGGAGGGGGUGGGGGGGUCAGUGACAGCGGCUGGCAGCAGCAGCCUGGCCAGCCUCCACCCCACUCAACGUGGAACCGCCACAGCUUGCCCCUCUACAGUGGACCCAAGGGGAGCCCUCAUCCUGGCAUGGGGGUCUCUACCUACUAUAACCACCCUGAGGCACUGAAGAGGGAGAAAGGAGGGGGGCCGCAGCUGGACCGCUAUGGAAACGCAGUGCGGCCAGUGAUGCCACAGAAGGUGCAGCUGGAGGUAGGGCGGCCCCAGGCACCCCUGAACUCUUUCCACAUGGCCAAGAAGGCCCCCAACCAGACGCUGCCCCUGCAGCCCUUCCAGCUGGCGUUCGGCCACCAGGUGAACCGGCAGGUCUUCCGGCAGGGCCCGCCGCCCCCCAACCCUGUUGCUGCCUUCCCGCCGCAGAAGCAGCAGCAGCAGCAGCAGCAGCAGGCAACCCUGCCCCAGAUGCAGCUCUUUGAGAACUUCUACCCCAUGCAGCAGCCACCCUCUCAGCAGCCCCAGGACUUUGGCCUGCAGCCGGCCGGGCCACUGGGGCAGCCCCACUUGGCUCACCACAGCAUGGCACCCUACCCCUUCCCGCCCAACCCUGACCUGAACCCAGAACUGCGAAAGGCCCUCCUGCAGGAGUCGGCCCCGCAGCCUGUGCUACCUCAGGCCCAGAUCCCCUUCCCCCGCCGCUCCCGCCGCCUCUCUAAGGAGGGCGUCCUGCCUUCCACCGCCCUGGAUGGGGCUGGCACCCAGCCUGGGCAGGAUCCUGCCAGCAACUUGUUCCUGCAUCACUGGCCCUCGCAGCAGCCACCACCUGGCCCCCUGGGGCAGCCUCAUCCUGAAGCUCUGGGAUUCCCGCUGGAGUUGAGGGAGUCACAGUUGCUGUCUGACGGGGAGAGACUGGCACCCAACGGUCGCGAGCGGGAGGCUCCUGCCAUGGGCAACGAGGAGGGCGUGCGGGCAGUGGGCACGGGGGACUGUGGGCAGGUGCUACGGGGUGGGGUGAUCCAGAGCACGAGACGGAGGCGCCGGGCGUCCCAGGAGGCCAACCUGCUGACCCUGGCUCAGAAGGCCGUGGAGCUGGCCUCACUGCAGAACACAAAGGAUGCCAAUGGCUCUGAAGAGAAGCGGAAAAGUGUACUGGCUUCAACUACCAAGUGUGGGGUGGAGUUUUCUGAGCCCUCCUUAGCUGCCAAGCGAGCACGGGAGGACAGCGGGAUGGUGCCCCUCAUCAUCCCAGUGUCUGUGCCUGUGCGGGCUGUGGACCCAACCGAGGCGGCCCAAGCUGGAGGUAUUGAUGAGGAUGGAAAGGGUCCUGAACAGAACCCCACUGAACACAAGCCAUCGGUCAUCGUCACCCGCAGGCGGUCCACCCGUAUCCCUGGUACUGAUGCCCCAGCUCAGGCUGAGGACAUGAAUAUCAAGUUGGAGGGGGAAACUUCAGUGCGGAAACCAAAGCAGCGGCCGAGGCCUGAGCCCCUGAUCAUCCCCACCAAGGCGGGCACUUUCAUCGCCCCUCCCGUCUACUCCAACAUCACCCCAUACCAGAGCCACCUGCGCUCCCCUGUCCGCCUCGCCGACCACCCCUCUGAGCGGAGCUUUGAACUGCCCCCCUACACACCACCUCCCAUCCUCAGCCCCGUGCGGGAAGGCUCCGGACUCUAUUUCAAUGCCAUCAUGUCGACCAGCAGCAUCCCAGCCCCUCCUCCCAUCACACCAAAGAGUGCCCAUCGCACCCUGCUCCGGUCUAAUAGCGCUGAAGUCACCCCGCCUGUCCUCUCUGUGAUGGGGGAGGCGACCCCUGUGAGCAUUGAGCCACGGAUCAAUGUGGGCUCCCGGUUCCAAGCGGAAAUCCCCUCAAUGAGGGACCGUACCCUGGCGGCUGCAGACCCCCACAAGGCAGACUUGGUGUGGCAGCCGUGGGAGAACCUAGAGAGCAGCCGGGAGAAGCAGAGGCAAGUGGAGGACCUGCUGACAGCUGCCUGCUCCAGCAUUUUCCCUGGAGCCGGCACCAACCAGGAGCUGGCCUUACACUGUCUGCAUGAGUCCAGGGGAGAUAUCCUGGAAACGCUGAAUAAGCUGCUACUGAAGAAGCCCCUGCGGCCCCACAACCACCCGCUGGCAACUUAUCACUACACAGGCUCCGACCAGUGGAAGACGGCCGAGAGGAAGCUGUUCAACAAGGGCAUUGCCAUCUACAAGAAAGAUUUCUUCUUGGUGCAGAAGCUGAUCCAGACCAAGACUGUGGCCCAGUGUGUGGAGUUUUACUAUACCUACAAGAAGCAGGUGAAGAUUGGACGGAAUGGGACGCUAACCUUCGGGGAUGUGGAUACAAGUGAUGAAAAGUCAGCCCAUGAAGAGGCUGAAGUGGAUAUUAAGACUUCUCAGAAGUUCCCAAGGGUGCCUCCUCCAAGAAGAGAGUCCCCAAAUGAAGAGAGGCUGGAGCCUAAGAGGGAAGUAAAGGAGACCAGGAAGGAAGGGGAGGAGGAGAUGCCAGAGACCCAGGAGAAGGGGGAGCAGGAAGAGGGGCGAGAGCGAAGCCGGCGGGCAGCAGCCGUCAAAGCCACACAGACACUACAGGCCAAUGAGUCGGCCAAUGACAUCCUCAUCCUCAGAAGCCACGAGUCCAAUGCCCCUGGGUCUGCGAGUGGCCAAGUCUCAGAGAAGCCAAGGGAGGGGCCAGGGAAGUCACGAAGGGCACUACCGUUUUCAGAGAAGAAGAAAAAAGCAGAGACAUUUAACAAGACCCAGAACCAGGAGAAUACGUUCCCUUGUAAAAAAUGUGGCAGGGUGUUUUACAAGGUGAAGAGUCGCAGCGCCCACAUGAAGAGCCACGCAGAGCAGGAGAAGAAGGCGGCCGCUCUGAGGCAGAAGGAAAAAGAGGCCGCCGCCGCCGCCGCCACCGCGGCCGCUGCCUCCUCCCACCAGCCGGCCCUGCGGGAGGAGAGCGGCGCCGGCGAGAGGGGCUGACACGGCGGGCUCCGGCACCUACCCAAGCCUGCCGACGUCCUGUCAGCACCCGGAAUCUCCGGAGGGAGAGAUCACGUGGACUAGUCUCCGCAAAACGAAUAGGACGAUUAAAUAAACGGCUCUUUUAUUUAUAAAGGUCCCAGGAGCAGUGUAAAGGGGCUGCAAGAUCCAGUUCUCUUGCCUUUGGUCUGUCGGAAGUUGUCUUCGUGCUUUCCUAGAACUGGGAGAGGCCCUGCUCCCUGGGGCCGCCCACCGGGAGGGGCUCCAGUGCUGCCACCGCUUGCUCUCGCGCUCUCUCUCUCUCUCUCCCUCUCUCUCUCCCUCCCUCUCUCUCUCCCUCUCUCUCCCUCUCUCUCUCUCUCCUCUCUCCCUCUCUCCCUCUCUCUCUCCCUCUCUCUCUCCCUCUCUCUCUCCCUCUCUCUCUCCCUCUCUCUCUCCCUCUCUCUCUCCCCUCUCUCUCUCUCUCCCUCUCUCUCUCUCUCUCUCAUGGACCUCCGCUACCGACCUCUGCUACCGUGCUCCCUCUUUGCUCCUGCUGCUCCCUUCUCACCAAGGAAAGCCAAGCACUAGAGCGCCCCUUUGCAGCAUUAAUCCUCCUCCCCAGGGGACCUGCACGGGCCCUGCCCCAAGCCCCCGAAAGAGGGACUCACUGGGAGGAAGGGUGGUGGCCAGCUCUGAGAGGGAGCUCAGCGUGGCACCUGUGCUGUCUCCUGCAGGACAGUGUUCAGGUCAUGCUGCUCUAGUGACUAGAUCUUCAGAGAGGCCACCUCCUCCCUAGGAGGGAGGCUAUCAGAGCAUGCAGGGAGAGAGACCAGGACUGCUACCUAUCCCUUUGCUGCUUGCUAGCAGCCUGCUGGGGCUGGGAAGUGUUUUCAGAUGUUUGGGGAAGGGGCCACUGUUCCUGUCCAAGCUCUCAGCCCGCUGGAGGGAAGGGAAAUGUACAGAGGAUAGAAGCUGCAGUUUUGCUUCAGGGUUAGGCCUAGGGAGCUUUUGAUAAGUCUUGGCUCUCCCAGCUUGCCACCUUUUUGCCAGAUACCUUUGGGCCUUGGAGGCUGCUAAGGAAGCUUAACCUAGGACCUAGGCCCAGCCUGCUCCUUCUUGGUGCAGGUUCCCCGCCUGCUUCUGUCCUGCCCUUGGCAGCUGCCACCUAACCUCACCCAACCUGGUCUAGAGCUGAUAGAGCCCAGCCCCUAGUCCUGCAUGCUGGAGAUUUCUGGAUCCUUCCCUGGGAGGGGGGAGGUCUCCUAGCCAGAUUGGACAGGAGCCUUCAUUCCUUGACUUGUGUCAUUUGGGAGCUAUUUAUUUAUUGUUAAUAUUUAAUUUUUAACAUCCUCUCAGGGACCAGGGGCUUCCUGCUUUCCAGAGGCCCAAGUGCAUUUAUCCCAAAACAAGGCACUUUCUUAGCAUCCGCCCCCCCCCCCCCCCCCAUUCCCAAGACCCUAAGAACCCUCGCGUUGUUGCUCUGAAGUUUUCCCAAUAGGAAUGAUAGUAGCACUGAAAGAGGGUGGAAAGGUGGAAGGUGUCACAAAGCCCCACAGAGACUAGCAGGAUCAAGGGAGAUCAAAGGCAGUUCUUGUUGCUACCUCUUUUCUGGCUGUACUUUCAAGUUGCCUGAGGGGACUGGCUGAAAGCCAGCAUUCUGGUUUUGCUUCUGGCUUGAAGAAGCCAUAUUUGGUGUGAAGUCACUGAAGUGAAAGAGCUGGAAGGUUCUGGAGGCCCCUUCACUUGCCAGUCCCAUAGGAGGGCUGAGUUGUUUUUCUGAUCUUGUUAUUCAACUUUAGUUGCAUAAAAGAAGUUCUAAAUGAAUGCAAGUAUAUGAUAGGUUAACAUGUUAGGAAGAGCCAAAAAAGUAUUCAUUCUGCUACUCUGAUGAGAUAGCCUAAAGGCAUCGUGUUGGUAACUGGGAGUGGGGAGGGAGUUUUGUUUCUUAACUAUGCACUAUCUGGUAUUUUUUAGCAUUCAUUUAUGCAUUAAUAUGGUUAUACAGGAACUCAGCUAUGGGAGUAACAAAAUUCUCCCCGCCGCCCCCACCAACUCCUGACGGCUACCUAAGACCUCCAACUUCCCAGUUUCUUCCAUAGGCUUCUGUAUGGAAGCUCAAUAUCCCAAGAUAGCAAAAAUUUGGUAUACUGUCCCCAAACAGGAGGGUAGCAAAUUUAGGCUCUCUUCUAAAUCACAUGUGUAAUAUGAGUGCCUUCACAGCUUCUCCCCAAAGUGCUACUUAUGUUUCCCAAGGUUUUUUCUAUUUAAACCUAUUUAGUUUUAGGCCUCUUUUUUGGAUAUGUGGUAACAGAAACCUCCUUCAUCUAAAGUGAUUCUCCUCUAAGCUCACGGAGACCAGACCAGGUGAAUGUAGGUGAGAAAAUCAAGAUGGUAACUCUCUGUAUUAACCCCACCAGACACCGUAUUUUAGAAGAGUUUAUGCUCCAGGAUGGAUUUAUAUCUAGAAUGCAGUGUGAAAGGUAAAAUGUUUAGAGGGCAGAUGCAAUUGUGGCAAGUGACCUGCCAGUAAAGUAGGUGUAGCCGCAGAGGCUGGCAUAGGUCUAUCCUUUAUGGUGCUUUCUCCCUGUGGACACAUUAGGCUAAUAUUUUGUCUUGUCUUUUUCUUUUUUCUUCUAUUCAGAGCUCUUUGCUUUAAGAAGUUAAAUGACAAACACCUUCAGCUUUAUAAUCUCCUACCCACACCAUCUCACAUAGCUCACAUAUCCAUCUCUCAGCCUCCAUCUACACUCAGCUAAGGGCAUGAAACUGACCUAGUGCCUGUGUUCUAGACCAUUUCUGAGGUCUCUUACCUACCCAGGGAGACAGUGCUUCAGCACUGUCCUCCAUGCCUUCAGCAGCCCCCUCAUCGCUAAUGUACACACCCAUUCCUUCGGCCACCCCACUUCCACCCCUGGCACAGAGGUCAUGUGCUGCUUAUGUCUAAAGGGAUUCCCUAUAUUUAACUGCCUCAGUGACCUAAUCUAUUCUCAUGUGCCAGAUGUUAAGAUGAAGGAGGAAUACAACAUGGACUCAAGCCUCAGCCAUUUAAAUAUGUUUUCACUGGGGCUCACUUUUCUCGGAUGGUAUUUAUUACCAGAUUGGCAAACCUAAGUCCUUAGGUAUACAGGAAGUAUGCAUAUUUUUAUAAAACAAUUGUAUGUCCUCCUUAUACUUUGCUGUGUUAAUAUUUGCCUCUAACAAUUUGCAGCUGUUUCACCUUUUCCUCAUUUGUCUCUUAGUCGAAGGCCUUGUUGGAGGGGACAGAGCACAGGAACAGCCUUGACAGUCUGUAAUUAUUGUAAAAAUAUUUUAAUAGCAUAUAAAUAAGUAUAUCCCUUUUAUUUUGAAAAAAAUCAGACACUGCCUUUUGUGUGUUUGCUGCCUGUGGCACCCUUUUUUAAAGACUGUUACAUAUUAAAAUAGUGUACAUAUAUAUAAAUAUUACCUCUUUUGCUGUACAGUUGUGAUAGACCAGACUGAAGAUUUUAUUUUUUGUGUGCUUUUUAUAAAAAAAAAAAUUAACACACUAAAGAAAAUCUUGCUGAUGUGAUUGUAAUGUACCUAUGUAACUUAUUUACUUUUGAAUGUCCUUCUGUAUCUUUAAACCUUUUAUUAAAUAAGGUUUUAAAAAUUCA